GUGGGACCAAAUCUGAUGGGGAUAACAUAUGAUAAUCUAACACAACACAGCAGGAUUAUUUUGAUCUGGAUUACAUGUUGAAUGGAUGGGCCAGCUCAUCACACAGUAAAGUGCAGUCAUUUCUAUCCACCACUGGGUCACGCCGUUGUACCGUCACAGUCCUGUACCCCCUGCCUGCUGCUCCCCGUGGCUCUACCGCUUGGGAAAGAUACUAACUAACUACCAUUAACCGGCACUGCACGACCCUCCUCAUCAUCAUUUACUGGGAGGAGACAGAGGGAGGGAGAAAGACAGAAGUAGAGAAAGAUAAAGAGACAGAGAGAGAGAGAGAGAGAGAUGUUGUCUUCAUUCAUACCGUGAGGACCCUGAUGUACUGUAUCCCCUGUCUGCGCAUGGCUUGAGGUGCAAGGCUCAGUACCUACUGCUUAGCUGACGUACGGAGAGAGGGAAAGAAAGAGAGAGAGAGAGAGAGAGAGAGAAGCGGGAUGGGUGCAGAGUGUGUGAGGACGGCGAAGUCACUGUGAUUCCGCCCAGCAGUGAAGUUUCCUUCAUCUCACUGCUCUGCCCAUCUCUACCUGGUACCUGAGGUCCUGUGUGUGUCCAGCAUGAGUAACAUCUAUGAGUCUGCAGAGGCGACCCUUGGCCUGUGCAACUCUUCCUGUCUGACCAAGGUUGAGCUGAGAGUGGCUUGUCGAGGGAUCUCAGACCGAGAUGCCCUUUCUAAACCAGACCCCUGUGUUGUCCUCAAGAUGCAGUCACAUGGGCAGUGGUUUGAGGUGGACCGGACAGAGGUGAUCCGUAGCAGUAUCAAUCCAGUGUUUUCCAAGGUGUUUCUGGUUGACUUCUACUUUGAGGAGGUUCAGCGUCUUCGCUAUGAGCUACAUGACAUCAGCUCCGCUCACAAUGGACUCAGAGACACAGACUUCCUCGGAGCUAUGGAGUGCACGUUGGGACAAAUCGUGUCCCAGAGAAAACUGUCCAAAGCGUUACUUAAACAGGGAAACACUACCAGCAAGUCCUCCAUCACAGUAACAUCAGAGGAGUUAUCAGGUAAUGAUGACUACGUAGAACUCUCCUUCAGCGCUCGCAAACUAGACGACAAGGAUUUCUUCAGUAAAUCAGAUCCGUUUUUGGAAAUCUUCAGAAUAAAUGACGAUGGCAGCGGAUCACUAGUUCACAGAACUGAGACGGUGAUGAACGACCUCAGCCCGGUGUGGAAGUCAUUCAAGGUCUCUCUCAACACACUAUGUAGCGGAGACCAUGACCGCCAACUAAAGUGCACAGUGUAUGAUUGGGACUCCAAUGGGAAGCACGACUUCAUUGGAGAGUUCCAGACCACCUAUAAGGAGAUACGCACAGACCUGGAAGGGAGACAGAUGCAAUGGGACUGUAUAAACCCUAAGUACCAGAUGAAGAAGAAAAACUACAGAAACUCUGGUGUCGUCGUCCUCAACCACUGUAAGAUCAUCAAGAUGUAUUCUUUCCUGGAUUACAUCAUGGGCGGCUGUCAGAUCCAGUUCACAGUGGCCAUAGACUUUACAGCAUCAAACGGAGACCCCGGAAACAGCUGUUCUCUCCACUACAUCCAUCCGUACCAGCCCAAUGAGUACCUGAAAGCCCUGGUGGCUGUGGGAGAAAUAUGUCAAGACUACGACAGUGACAAGAUGUUUCCAGUUUUUGGGUUUGGAGCUCAGAUCCCACCUGACUUCAAGGUGUCACACGAUUUUGCCGUGAACUUUGAUGAAGACAAUCCAGAAUGUCCCGGUAUCCAGGGUGUGGUAGAAGCCUACCAGGGCUGUCUUCCUAAGCUCCAGCUGUAUGGACCGACCAACAUCGCUCCCAUCAUACAGAAAGUUGCUUCUUCUGCCUCAGAGGAGAUGCACACCAUGGAAGCUAUGGAGUAUUUCAUCCUGUUGAUCCUAACAGAUGGAGUGAUAACAGACAUGGCCGACACUAGAGAAGCUAUAGUCCAUGCUUCCCACCUACCCAUGUCUGUCAUCAUAGUAGGAGUGGGAAACGCUGACUUCAGUGACAUGCAGAUGCUGGACGGAGACGAUGGAAUACUCAGGUCCCCAAAAGGAGAACCUGUUCUCAGAGACAUUGUCCAGUUUGUUCCCUUCAAAGACUUCAAACACGCGUCCCCGGCUGCGCUAGCUAAGAGUGUGCUAGCAGAGGUGCCCAAUCAGGUGGUGGAUUACUACAAUGCCAAAGGAAUCCAUCCCAAAUGUCUGUCUGACUACGACGAAUCUACCAGACCCUUCAGCCCCUGACCACACACAUACACACGUAUUAAUCACACACACAUUAAACACACACAUAUACACACACGUUAUAAACACAAACUAAUAUAUACUCACCCAUACACACACACACACACACACACACACCCUGCAUACAGUAGUGUAGCUCAGAUAAGUAGUUUGGUGGGUUUAACUAUCAAUCAAUCAAAUGUGUUUAGAAAGGCCGGAACCUAGGAAGAAACCUAGUCCUCUUCUGGCUGUGCCAGGUGGAGAUUAUAACGAUCAUUCAGAGUAUCUCUACCGCUCCUGCUGUCUCUAGAGA